AUGGCAAGGAUAAGGCUUCCUGGUAGCACAGACUCUCUACACACAAAUUACAAAUUCAACGUACCGCCUAUAUUACAACCACGAUUGACGUGGAGGUAUUGUCUUGCAUCCACAGCACUAGCAUAUGUCCUAUAUUGCUUUCUUUUCAACAAGCCGUUUUUCUCGUCCAAACUGCCGCAGUACACGGGUCCUUACAAUGUUGGGGCAAUCGAUAUCGAGGUUCCGGUUAGGGAGCAACGGCUUGUUGACACAGCUGUCUUCAAAGACAGUGGUGAGCCAGCAUUCGAGUUGAAGACUGUCCUCUUCACAAUGUACUAUCCUGCCGCCAAGGGCGUUCGCUCAGGGAAGCAUCACUACUGGGUUCCCAAACCUCUGUGGUUGACCUCUUUUGGCUACGCGAAAGUAGCACGGAUCAACAACUUCUUCACCAACAAUCUGUUCACCAGUGCUAUGGGCAUACUGGUCGGCGGCACCAAGAUCCCUGCUCACGUCGAUGUUCCAGUCGUGUCGACUGAAGAGAUCGCGAAGCAAGUUCGUUCCAGCAAGGAAUCCUCAAGCUUCAAAAACUUCGAACCGACCUCCUUCCAAUCCGACACAGAAUCCAGCGGUCUUCCCGUUAUAAUAUUCACUCACGGCAUGGCCUCUUCACGAACUCAAUACUCCCACUAUCUCGGCGAGCUAGCAUCACGAGGUUAUAUCUGCGCCGCAAUCGAACACCGCGACGGUUCUGGUCCAGGAACACAGAUCAUCGAUUCCUCAACCUCCUCAGCAACCGUCAUCGACCGCCUUCACUUCAGCCUCAGCGACGUCAAAGCACCAUCCGACACAGACACCAAAAUCGAAGCCGACGACUUCAAACGUAUGCAACUCGCCUUCCGCGAAGCUGAAAUUCUUGAAACAGUCCACGUAGUCCACUCUCUCCACUCCGGAUCCGGCGACACCAUCAUUGCCACAAAUUCUCGCAAAGAAGGUUCGAAGGCUGAUCUCCCCUCCUUCACCGGCCGCCUAAACAUCAACACCACCAUCCUAGCAGGCCACAGCUACGGCGCAACCGGCGCACUACAGGGUCUCAAGCCGCGGACCGAUAUGGCCCGAAUCUUCGCUGGUGGCAUCGCUCUCGAUCCAGGAAAGAGUUCCGGCCGUCUGAACACUGACGUUGACGUUCCUAUCCUGAUCAUACACAGUACAUCCUGGUCUGCUAAACGCUCCAUUUUCUACGGUCGACCACACUUUGAAGUCGUGCGGGAGAUUGCCGAUAAUCUGAACGCGAAGGGGAUUGGAAGUUGGUUCAUGACGAGCUUGGGGACUUCGCAUCCUUCGGUGACGGAUGCGCCUUUGAUUGAGCCAACGUUGUUGAAAUGGACGACUGGGGCGGGGAUUGAUGCACAUGAAGGGUUGAGGCAGUAUGUUCAUGUUUCGGAUGAUUUUGCCAAGUUCGUUCAGGACGGGAAGGAGAGGAAUCUGUUGGCGUUGCCUGCGAAUAGUAGGGAGUAUGACAGGAAGAAUGAAGGGAUGGACAAAGAGUGGAGAGAGUACUGGCAAGUACAUGCAAGUCCUGUCAAGACGAAGGGAGAAGGUAUUGUAGAUUCAAGGUAG